AUGCUGCUGAGGGCUGGCCCCAGGAGGUUUCUGGAGCAGCACCUUCUCUUCGUGGGGAACGCAGAGCAGCAGCACCCGGCUCGGAAAGCUCUCCCGAAUCCCUUCAUGCCUGAGGAACCCUCCUCAGCCGAGCCAGAGCUGCCCUCCUCCAACCUCACCAACGCCACGGACUGCGGCGAGGAGAUCCUGCUCUAUGGGGACACCGAGAAGAUCGUCAUCGGAGCCGUGCUCUCCAUCAUCAUCCUCACCACCAUCGCGGGCAACGGGCUGGUCAUCAUCUCCGUCUGCAUCGUCAAGAAGCUCCGGCAGCCCUCCAACUACCUGGUGGUGUCCCUGGCGGCCGCCGACCUGUCGGUGGCCUUCGCUGUCAUGCCUUUCGUGACCAUCACGGACCUGCUGGGGGGAGAGUGGCUCUUUGGGAAGGUGUUUUGCAACGUCUUUAUCGCCAUGGACGUGAUGUGCUGCACCGCCUCCAUCAUGACCUUGUGCAUCAUCAGCGUGGACAGGUAUCUGGGGAUCACCCGGCCGCUGACAUACCCUGUGAGACAAAACGGGAAGCUGAUGGCCAAGAUGGUCUUCAUCGUUUGGCUCCUGUCUGCCUCCAUCACGCUUCCUCCUCUCUUCGGCUGGGCCAAGAACGUCACAGUGGAGAGGGUCUGUCUCAUCAGCCAGGACUUCGGGUACACGGUCUACUCCACGGGGGUUGCCUUCUACAUCCCCAUGGCGGUCAUGCUCGUCAUGUACAGCCGGAUCUACAAGGCCGCCAAGGUGAGCGCCGAGAAGCACCGCUUCAUGAACUUCCCCAAGCACUAUGAAGAGGAGGGCGUCUACUGCCUGGAGGCCUCCAGCCGCGGCCACCACAGCUCGAAGCGCACCAAGGCGGUGGAGGAAUGUGCCACCCUCUCCAAACUGCUCCGGCAAGACCGAAAGAACAUUUCCAUCUUCAAACGGGAGCAGAAAGCGGCCAGGACCCUCGGUAUCAUCGUUGGGGCCUUCACAUUUUGCUGGCUCCCGUUCUUCCUGAUGUCGACGGCUCGGCCUUUUAUCUGCGGCAUCCACUGCAGCUGCAUGCCGCUGCGGUUGGAGAGGACUCUGCUCUGGCUGGGGUACACCAACUCCCUCAUCAACCCCUUGAUUUACGCUUUCUUUAACCGAGACUUGAGGACUACUUUCUGGAACCUCCUGAGGUGUAGGUACAGGAACAUCAACAGGAGACUCUCCGCCGCCAGCAUGCACGAGGCCCUGAAAGCCACAGAGAGGCACGAAUGCAUCCUGUAG